AUACUUACAAUUGGAUACAUCCAUUGUCUAACCUAUAAUUUAAUUCUGUCCCACUGUGCGACGGUAGAACCCUUGUGGGGCAAAUAUAAUGGAAAUUUUAACUUUGAUUCUCGAUGAUCAUCGUAUCAAAGUAAAUAAAGAAAGACUUGCGAAACAAAGCCGUUACUUUGCAUCCCUAUUUUCACACAAUUUUAAUGAUUCCCAUGACAAGGAACACGUUGUUAAUUAUGAUAUUUCUUUAUCUACCUUGAAGAGUUUUGUCGAAUGGAUCCACGAUGAUGCAGAACCAGUAGAUGUUCUGUGUCAUCCGUUGAAAGUUUCUAUGAGUAAAUUUGUAAAAGAAAAUUUCAUAGAAUUAUUAAAUUUAUUACAAUUGAGUGUACUAUUUAUGGUGGAUGAAUUAACAAAUGAAGCUAUAGAUAUUAUUACUAUAAAUUGGCUGCUACCAGACAAAGUAAUCGAUAUAUGGUUACUGGCCCAAGAAUUGAACAUUAAAGUAUUACAAGACAUGUGUCUUGCUACUUGUUUAGAUCGUUUCGAAGAACUUCCUUUACCUUCACUUCUGGAGUUGACCAAAAGUAAUAUUACUCUGUUGCUUCAAAAUGUUAAUACAAGAUCUUCUAUGGAAUAUUUGUGUUUUGUAAGAAACCAAUGGAUACACCAUCACAUGACACCAGAUAUUCCAGAUAUAAUGGAAAACAGGUUACUCAAGUUUAUACAAGGCAUUGUUGUGUACAAAACAUACGAAUGUAUUAACAAAGAUCCAUAUUUGUAUAUUUGGAAGGAUAACGUAUUGUCCAAAUGCAUGCAAUUAAAACACAAACAAGAUUCAGAGAGUUCUAUAGUUGGAAUGCAAGUCACUAGUAGAGGAUUCAAUAUAUAUACAGUUGGAGGAGAAAUGGGUUUAGGUACUGGACACUUUAACAACAUUAUUUGGCGUUAUUCUCUACUAUCUAAAAAGUGGUAUUACGAAGCAAAGAUGCCAGUUCCAAGGAGACACAUGAUUGCCGUGUUUCUGAAAAAUAAAUUAACGAUAAUAGGCGGUGUCGGAAGGCAUAGAUUGAAAUUAUUUACGACUGAUAUUCUUGAUAUUCAUACUGGCACAUGGAAAAAGGGUGCAAAGGUUCCUGAAAGUUUUACCAGUGUUCCUCCUCAUUGUGUUAUGGAUGGAAAACUAUUUUUAAUAAAUACGUCGGUUUUUAUUUAUUAUCCAGAAGGUAAUUAUUGGCAAAGUAUAUCGAUUUACAAUAAUCCUGCUGUACAACGAGUGGACGCAUUUCUCGCACACGAGGCGACAUUGUUUCUUCUGGGUUCUCAUUUGGACGUGUCAGUUUUGUCUAGAAUUAACGUUGUAAAGGACUCGGUUUGCAAGGAAGGAGGAUGCUCAUUAAGUCAAUGCAUAGAACACGCUAUAAUAACUAGCGCGAGUAUCGUACACGAAGACGAUUCGUAUGAAUUAAGAUACGCACAUGUGGCCGAUGUCGGCAUAGUGUUAUUGAAUACUCGACAUGCUGACAAAUAUCAGUAUCUACAUCUGCAUACCGAGAUAAGCAGAGACUUAACAAAUUUCUUCAUUCCAAAAUCGGGAUGCUUAAACAUCAUUAAUCCCGAUAGUUUGUAUGACACUGUAGCAUAAUUCAUUAAUUAAAAAUCUUUUUAUACCUGUAUUUCUUUUUGUAAAUAAAGCAAAAUAUUAAAGAAAAA